CACAACACACUCUUAACCAAAGGUCAUAUCUCUCACACAUCUGAAGGGCUCAAAGCUUCCAGGAAGUACAUGCAGUAAAACUCAUCUGCUUCAGGGAGCAUCUGCUCAGAAGCGCAUGGGAUGUCAGGGGCGACAGGCCUCUCUGGGUUUUGCCGUUCCCCUCCAUCAUGAUCAACACCUACCAGACCAGCGUGGCGCUGCCUCAGGCGCCUCCACCGGUGCCUCCUCGCCUUGGCAGAUCUCAGCCGGUCCUCAUCCCAGCUCCUCUUCCUUCACCAGGCCAAAGCAAAAGUCUUCUGCGCUUUUUGGUUUGUGUGGUGGUGCUGCAAUUGUUCCUAUCUGUUGUAGGAUUUUUUUAUCUUUACUACAAUGAAAGACAAAUUUCACAAGCAACCUACUCCUCGCCACAAAGAAGAGUUGGUGCUCCCCCCAUUGGAAAACAGGAAACAACCUACAGAGCCCUAGCAUCCAUGGUAGUGAAGAAUUCAUCCACUCUAUACGGGGAUCGAUCUGGUUAUAUCGAGUGGGACAUGCAGCACUCAGUUUUUAAGAACAUCAACUACUUCCACAACAGCUGGCUGACUAUCCUUGAGCCUGGCAUCUACUUUGUCUACUCCAAGGUGACAUUCUCCAAGGGAAGCUCCAUCACCCCGCUGGUCAGCUUGGUCAAGCUGAGGAAGAGCGAGAAGGAAGAGGAGAAAUCAGUGAUGAUCGCCUACUGCAGCCUGAACAACGAUAUGAAAUCUGGGUCCAACCCUCAUAUGUGCACAGCCACACAGCAGGACAUGAUUGAGCUGGAAAGAGGAAACCAGCUCAGCAUCUGGGUGGAGGACCGCUCACUUGUGGACUAUGAUAUCUCUGCAAUAAGCUUUGGGAUGUAUAAGGUGUAGGACCCACAAUGCACCAGGACUCCAAAAGAGGGAUCUGCGACUAUGGAUGGGAUAUAGAUACUAAGAAUACUCAAAGGAGUGGAUCAACGAACCUUUUUUGUGACAUAGACACAUUUACAAACUAUAAUUUAUUAAAUAUAUUGUGUCCUUAUUUGUUUUGUCAAUGAUUACUUUAUAUUUAUUAAUGUAAGAUGAAUUAUAUUUAAAAUAUUUUUGUAUACAAUCUAAAAUAAUCUGUUUGGCUUUUUUUUUUUUUGUCCAUUUCAAGAAUCAACAUCCUUGCGGUUUAAAUUUAGGAUUGCAGUUACAGCGGGCUCUGGUAGAAUAUUUCUUCAGAAGAAAACUGAGCAUUUGAGAGUGAAAAAAACCAACACUUUUUAAUGACACAAAGCAGAUAAACUGCUUCCUCUUGCUCAGAAUGAACCACUGUGGUUUUGAUUUUCUAGGGCAGCCAACAAAAACCAAAAAUGCCCUAAAGAUGGAAAGCAUCUCUAGAAAUCUAAUGAGGCCAUCUUUGUUUGUCAUUGGGUAAUAUUUUCCCAUUAAUUGGCAACUUCAUUUAGGUUUACAAAUUUAUUCUUUGACUUUCUAAAACAGAGAAGAACCACGUGGGAAAAACAUAAAAAACAGCCUGGUAGUUUUUCCUGCUGAAGGGUUUGCUGGAUGGCAGCAGUUCAUGGAGAUGAUGUGAAAAGCUUCUGAGACUAUUCAGACAUCUGUUCAAGGAGCAGCUCUGAAGCAGAUCCAGGAAACUUUAGAGACCCUUGUCUUGUCUGUAAUACCGCAUCAUUGCCCUCAAAUGUUUUAAUUCCUCCUUCAGAUUUUCAUAUAUCCCCAGUGCUCCAUUUUGGUUGACAUGACUUUUAGAGCAGCAAGGCACGGCGUUGGAAGGAACUUGAGCAUUUUUCUUUAGCUUUGAAAGUUAUGUCAGUGGUGCUUCAAUCAUGUUUCCUACAGAUCUGCAAAAACGGACAGAGCAAGCAAAGGGACUGUAUUCACUGCAAUUACAGGAAUUUGGGCAAGCAUAUCCCAGCAGGAUAAUUCCAUGCUGCACAGAGAUCCUUUAAAACGCUUGAGAUUAAUAAAACAUUUAUUCCAUGUGUUAAAAAACAAUUAUAAACAUUUAUAUAGAGAGUCAUUACGAUCAUGUUAGAAUGCCCAGGCUCAGAAUGUCUUAUUUCACUGUAAAACCGAACUAGAAAUAUGUCAGCAUUUCUUAAAUUAAGUGUAUAUACCCUUAAUUUGAGUAGGUAAAAAAGAUGAUCUGCCAA